UGGACACGCCCUCUCCGCUGACCCAACACAUUUGCGUCUAGCCGCUAGCGCUCCGCAGCCCCCCCGAUAAACAACACUGUGUUUUUAUUAAAUCCUCUCCGGGAGUCGUCUUCAGGCGUUUCCAAUAUGGUCUGCGGCGGUUUCACCUGCUCCAAAAACGCGCUCUGCUCCCUGAAUGUGGUUUACAUGCUGGUCGGGCUGCUGCUGAUCGGAGUAGCAGCAUGGGGGAAAGGGUUCGGCUUGGUGUCCAGCAUCCACAUCAUCGGAGGGGUCAUCGCAGUGGGCGUCUUCCUGCUGCUCAUCGCUAUUGUUGGACUCAUUGGCGCAAUACACCACCACCAAGUCAUGCUUUUCUUUUACAUGGUCAUCCUUUUUAUCGUUUUCCUGUUCCAAUUCGGAGUUUCCUGUUCCUGCUUGGCAAUGAACCGCGGACAGCAGGAGGCACUUCUGAACUCUGCUUGGAGAAUGUUGAAAAACAAGACCAAGACCAACCUAGAGACCCAGCUGAACUGCUGUGGGCUGCUCAACGUCACCGCCAGCCGGGCACAGUUUGAUCUGGACUUGCAGAACUGCCCCGCUUUAUGCAAAAAGAACACUGGCUGUUACACCUGCGGGGAUAUGAUGCUGACUCAUGCAACUGAGGCUCUGAAGAUCCUCGGGGGCGUCGGCCUCUUCUUCAGCUUCACAGAGAUCCUGGGAGUUUGGCUCGCCGUGCGCUACAGGAACCAGAAGGAUCCACGAGCGAACCCGAGUGCUUUCCUAUAGUCUGUCCCCCGUACGCAGCACAGCCCCAUAGAUGCCGUGUCAGAUGGCACAAAUAGUAUCAUGCACAUCUAGAGGCAGACACCCCAACAUACAAUACAGCAUCACACCGACUACAACAACACAGAAUGGACGAGCGCACGCAGCACCUGACAAACACUGGAAAACAAAACACACACGCACACAAACACACACACACACACACCUUUUAACUGAGACUGAGAAACUACAACAACCUGUCCAGAAAUGUUGCCAGAUCUCCAGCCGGAAGACCUGGAUACUUGUGUAUGAAAGGAUAACUUGUAAUACCAAGAAGUGUGACUUGUUGGUGUUGCAACCCAGCCUUGAUUUGAGUACCAGAUUUCCUGCUAGUUUCCAACUAUGUAACAAUGGAUGAGACGUCUCUGCAUGUGUCCUUGGCCUGCACAGACAAACAGCCUCUUUGUUGAUUUUUAAUCCACACACCAACCAAAUGACUGUGCCGUGUCCAACAAAUCAACUUGUAUGCACCUUGAAUUCUUUCCUCUUGUCUCCAGUGUAGUGCCACCACAUAACGACAAAUAUAUUCCUCUGGUCAGUGCUGUCGGUGAUGUGUAGAGCUGUAUACCCAACAUGUCCAGUGCGAUGAGUUUGUGCGCAAAGUCAGUGGGGGUUAGGGGGGAGGGGGGGGCAACAGGAGGAAAAAUACUGGACAUGUGUUGUAAGGUAGUUUAUGAAUUGUAUGUAAAUGGUCUUUUUUUUUCAGAUGCCACAAAUGCCGGGAUAUAACAGGAUUAGGAGGCAAGAAUAGAUGUUAGUUAAUGUAGUUGCUAGUCUCUCGGGUUCAAAAUAUUUAUGAACUGUAACUGAGCCAACUAACUUUAAACAGUCGGAGAUAUGAGGAGGCCAAUGGACUGCAGCCUUGAUGUUGUACAUAAUCUUUUAGAAAUCUCUCUCGAUGGGUUUGCCGUGUAGUUGCCUGUGUAGUUGGGAGGUUUGCCUGCAUAGUUGAGGUCUUUGAAGGCCACAAUAAUCCACCCUUCCUGUAUUUAAUGUUUCUUUGUGUUGCACAGUUAUGUUGAUUAGUAUAGAUUCUGCUAGUAGAGAGGUGGAUUCAGGUACGUACUAUUUCUUUCUGUGUAACUGAAAGAAAUCACAACAAAUAGAAAUAAAAUUAGGUGCUGUUUUGAUUUUAAAUAAUUCGGGCAAAUUUGGCCAAAACUUGCUCAUUGCAAACCCAAUUUUGUCUUAAAUAGUGUUAAUUGUGAAUAGUGCUCAUUUUCUUUUGUUUUCUUUUCUUUUGUGGAGUGAUUUUGUUCUCCGUUGCCAUCAGCGCUUUUUGUUCAUCAGUGUUAAAUGCUUUGUAAAAAAAUAUGUUCAGGACCUAUUUAAGUUAAGUUUGAGGAUGCACAUUAGGCUCAAUUUAGGUCGUAGUUUUGAUGAUAUAAUUUUGAUGCCUAACUCGAUGUUUGACAUUUCUUGUAGAUAAAUCACUGCUCAUCAAUUCUCUCUUUUAAGAUGUGUUUUCUCUUUUUGAAAUGCUUUUAACUUAAAGGACUAACACAAACUGUAACUACUUGUCUUACUUGAACCUGUCAACUUGGCUGUUAUGAAUUUCCUGCUGCUGAUUUGGAGUCAUCGCUGGUGUAAACAAACGUUUUGACAGAUCUUAAGCAUCAUAAUGCCAUAUAUUAAAACUCACUUUGAAUUUGUGUGCACUUGUUAUUCAACUGUAUCUUGGAUUUUUGAACCUUAAUUUUCCAAAUAAUAAAACCUCAAAUU